UCCUGGUAUUCUCAACACAUGUGCUGUGUUGUGACGGGUUAAGCAGAGUUUCGUUUAUGCACGACAGUUUUGUGCUUGAAAUCUGAUUGAAACAACAGUUUAAAAGGGGUUCGUCAGAACGGUGCUGACUAUAUCACCAUGCCUAAAGGAAAAGGAAAGAAGUUCAUCGAUAAAAAGAAUUCGGUGACGUUUCACCUGGUUCAUCGUUCUCAACAAGAUCCUCUAGCAGCUGAUGAGACAGCACCUCAGCGAGUACUAGUUCCUGUUGGAGAAGUCCAGCUGAAUAAGUCUGACAAGAAAGACACAGAUCCUACUAAACGCAAAGAAGAAGAGCAGAAGUAUGGGAUAUUCUUUGACGAUGAUUAUAAUUACCUGCAACAUCUACGCGAUGCCAAUCAGCUUUCCGUUGAAUGGGAAACAGUUGAAGAUCCACAGAAAAGCAGACGGGAAAAGAGUAAAGCUGAUAAAGGGUCCAAAAUUAAUUUACCAUCCUCAGUAUUUGCAUCUAAUGUCGAAGAAGAUGUUGGAUUGCUUAAUAAGGCAGCUCCUGUCUCAGGCCUGAGAUUAGAUAUUGAUCCAGAUAUUGUCGCUGCUAUGGAUGAGGACUUUAAUUUUGAUGAUCCUGAAAAUCAAUUGGAGGAUAAUUUUUUGGAGCUGGCAAAUGCUGGAGAGAGUGAAGAUGAAUUCGACGAACAUGAUGAGGAUGGCUAUGAAACUGAUGAUAGUGAUGAAGAAUAUUCAGAUAUUUCUUCAGAAGGGCACAUGGAACUUUCGGAUGAGGAGAGAGAUGAAGUGGGUAGUUUGAAUGGAAAGCAAUUUCUUUUUAAUGAUGUAGAAACAAAAUCUCAAUUUACCGACUACUCAAUGAGCAGUAGUGUCAUGCGGAGAAAUGAGCAGUUGACUUUGCUAGAUAACAAAUUUGACAAAAUGUACGCUGGUUAUGACGAUCUUGAAAUCGGCGCUUUAGAUUGUGAGGAGAUUGAAGGGCAUGUGGCGCCUGACUCUGAUAUCCUUCUCCAAUAUGCUGAUGAAUUUGAAAAGAAGAAAAAGGAGCCUGUAGACAAUGUUGCAAAGUUAAUGGCAGAGCGACUGAAAUUUAUGGACAGAGAGGAAUCUGGUUCUGAAAAUGAAGAUUUAGAAAAAUUCGUAGUAGAUACGAGAGAAGACGACAAAUGGGACUGUGAAAGUAUAUUAUCUACGUAUAGCAAUAUUUAUAACCAUCCCCAACUCAUAUCAGAACCUAAGGGUCCUGGAAAAAUAAAAAUCGAUCGACGCACCGGAAUUCCGAAAGAUGUUUUAAAUUCACCUGGUGGGAAACUGACGGCAAAAGCAUUGGCAAAAUUCGACUUACAAAACGACAAUCAAGAAAGUAAAGGUCCACAGUCAGUAGCGGAAACCAUGAAAUCGACAUUGAGUAUUCUGAGCAUAAGGCCUAAAGAUGAAUCCCCUGAAGACAGGAAAGAGAGAAAAAAGGCUCUCAAAGAUUAUAGAAAGGAAAGAAGAUUAGAACGCAAGGCAAACAUCGAAGCUUUCAAAGAAGAAAAGAAACGGCAAGAAAAGAUAAUGAUGAACAACAAAAACAACGUUCAAGGCAAUAGAAUAUUGUGAAAUGACUCUCAACACCUCCGUUACUAAUAUUCGAUUUUGGUGACACGUAAACUAUGAUAAAUUAUAUAGUGUAAUAUAAAUAAAUCUAUUUCUACUUUA